UAUAUAUCUCUCUCCCUCUCUUUCCCUCCCUCCCUCUCCCUCUCUCUUUCUCUCCUCCCCUUUCUGUUCCUCUCUUUCUACCUUCUUGCACUCUUGCUCAGAAAAAUAAUCCAUGGAGGCUCUCAGACUAGAAGCUCGAGCAUUAGGGUGCCUCUCAGGGGGUUCCACCCCGCUCAAGGCCCUUCUCCCUGGGGCAGAGGGCCUCGUCCUUCCCCCUGGAGAUCCAGCACUGUGCCGGGAGCAUGGAGAGACGUUUACCUUGUUCUGUGUGGAUGACCUGGAGCCAGUGUGCAGUCAGUGUGGACUGACUGAGACCCACGAGGGGCACAGAGUCUACCCCAUAACGGAGGCUGUACCUGACUGUAAGGAGGUCUGCUGGACGGAGAAAGAGGGUCUGUGGCUUAAUAUUGUCGUGAAAGAAGAGGAGGAAGAGGAGGACGUCACAGUGAAAGGAGAUACAGGAGCGCUCAGAGAGGAAGAGGAGGACGUCACAGUGAAAGGAGAUACAGGAGCGCUCAGAGAGGAAGAGGAGGAUGAGGCGGAUGUCGUUUUUGGAGUGAAGGAGCAGGGGGAGGUUACUGUCACAUUGGAAAAUGAGGAGGGAAAAACUGGAGAUCUGAUGAACACCGGAGAGAGGCCAGCCUUCCCCUCUGACAGCGGGAAGAGUCCCUCAGGGGAACCAGACCCAGAGACACCCAAACCAGUGAGACCACACCACUGCUCCCACUGUGGAAAGAGUUUUACCUGGUUAUCAAAGCUGAAAGAGCACGAGAGAACACACACUGGAGAAAAGCCUUACCAAUGUGCCAUUUGUGGAAAGACUUUUACCCAGUUAGGGGGCUUUCAAUAUCAUGAGCGGACACACAGAGAAAAAAAUACCUCCCACUGCUCUCAGAAUGGAACGACAUUUACCCAGUUAGGGAACCUGAAAAAGAACGACGGAAUUCUCACACGGGGAGAGAAGACAAACCACUGCUCCCAGUGCGGAAAGAGUUUUAAAUGGUUAUCAAAGCUGAAAGAGCACGAGAGGACCCACACAGGAGAAAAGCCUUUCCACUGCUCCCAUUGCGAAAAGAAAUUUAACCAGUCAUCGCACCUGAAAGAGCACGAGAGAAUCCACACAGGAGAGAAGUCUUUCCAAUGUUCCCAGUGUGGAAAGGGUUUUACCUGGUUAUGGAACCUGAAAACACACGAGAGGACACACACGGGAGAAAAACCGUACCAAUGCUCCCUGUGUGGAAAGACUUUUACCCAGUUAGGGGGCUUUAAAUAUCACGAGAGAACACACACAGAAAAAAAGAGCUACCACUGCUCUCAGUGUGAAAAGACAUUUACCCGGUUAGGGAACCUAAAAAAGCAUGAGACAAUACACACACAGGAGGAGACAAUACACACACAGGAGGAGACAAUACACACACAGGAGGAGAAGGCUCCCAGUGCGGAGAGACUUUUAGUCAGUUAGGGAACCUGAAAGAGCAUGAAAUAACACAUAAAGGAUAGAAACCAGGGGUGAAUUCGCCACCUGGUAAUUCUGGCAAAUGCCAGAUGGGCUGGACCAUUUUUUAGUUGGGUGGUCAAAAUUGACACACAUGUAUUUUUUUAAAUAUAUUAAAAUACACAAAUGAAAAAGGGGACAUGGCCUGCAGCCUAUGGACCUGUUAAUAUAUAUUUUUGUGCAAUUUCUCAGUUACACUAUUGAGCCUUUGGCUGGUCAGUGCAGUAGAACCUUCACUGGGCAACGGCCGGCCCCGCUACCAAGUUGGGCUGGCCAAUUUUCCCAUUCAAAGUCAAACGCGGCAUCAGCAUAGAGACGUGCUCCGACUGUCAUCAGUAAGACAGCCCAUAUAGACUGUCAUCAGUAAGACAGCCAAUAUAGACUGUCAUCAGUUAGACAGCCAAUAUAGACUGACAUCAGUAAGACAGCCAAUAUAGACUGUCAUCAGUAAGACAGCCCAUAUAGACUGUCAUCAGUAAGACAGCCAAUAUAGACUGUCAUCAGUUAGACAGCCAAUAUAGACUGUCAUCAGUUAGACAGCCAAUAUAGACUGACAUCAGUAAGACAGCCCAUAUAGACUGUCAUCAGUUAGACAGCCAAUAUAGACUGUCAUCAGUAAGACAGCCAAUAUAGACUGUCAUCAGUUAGACAGCCAAUAUAGACUGUCAUCAGUUAGACAGCCAAUAUAGACUGUCAUCAGUAAGACAGCCAAUAUAGACUGUCAUCAGUAAGACAGCCAAUAUAGACUGUCAUCAGUUAGACAGCCAAUAUAGACUGUCAUCAGUUAGACAGCCAAUAUAGACUGUCAUCAGUAAGACAGCCCAUAUAGACUGUCAUCAGUAAGACAGCCAAUAUAGACUGUCAUCAGUUAGACAGCCAAUAUAGACUGUCAUCAGUUAGACAGCCAAUAUAGACUGACAUCAGUAAGACAGCCCAUAUAGACUGUCAUCAGUUAGACAGCCAAUAUAGACUGUCAUCAGUAAGACAGCCAAUAUAGACUGUCAUCAGUUAGACAGCCAAUAUAGACUGUCAUCAGUUAGACAGCCAAUAUAGACUGUCAUCAGUAAGACAGCCAAUAUAGACUGUCAUCAGUAAGACAGCCAAUAUAGACUGUCAUCAGUUAGACAGCCAAUAUAGACUGUCAUCAGUUAGACAGCCAAUAUAGACUGUCAUCAGUAAGACAGCCAAUAUAGACUGUCAUCAGUAAGACAGCCAAUAUAGACUGUCAUCAGUUAGACAGCCAAUAUAGACUGUCAUCAGUAAGACAGCCCAUAUAGACUGUCAUCAGUAAGACAGCCAAUAUAGACUGUCAUCAGUUAGACAGCCAAUAUAGACUGUCAUCAGUUAGACAGCCAAUAUAGACUGACAUCAGUAAGACAGCCCAUAUAGACUGUCAUCAGUUAGACAGCCAAUAUAGACUGUCAUCAGUAAGACAGCCAAUAUAGACUGUCAUCAGUUAGACAGCCAAUAUAGACUGUCAUCAGUUAGACAGCCAAUAUAGACUGUCAUCAGUAAGACAGCCAAUAUAGACUGUCAUCAGUAAGACAGCCAAUAUAGACUGUCAUCAGUUAGACAGCCAAUAUAGACUGUCAUCAGUUAGACAGCCAAUAUAGACUGUCAUCAGUAAGACAGCCAAUAUAGACUGUCAUCAGUAAGACAGCCAAUAUAGACUGUCAUCAGUUAGACAGCCAAUAUAGACUGUCAUCAGUUAGACAGCCAAUAUAGACUGACAUCAGUAAGACAGCCCAUAUAGACUGUCAUCAGUAAGACAGCCCAUAUAGACUGUCAUCAGUAAGACAGCCAAUAUAGACUGUCAUCAGUUAGACAGCCAAUAUAGACUGACAUCAGUAAGACAGCCAAUAUAGACUGUCAUCAGUAAGACAGCCAAUAUAGACUGUCAUCAGUAAGACAGCCAAUAUAGACUGUCAUCAGUUAGACAGCCAAUAUAGACUGUCAUCAGUUAGACAGCCAAUAUAGACUGUCAUCAGUUAGACAGCCAAUAUAGACUGUCAUCAGUAAGACAGCCAAUAUAGACUGUCAUCAGUAAGCCAGCCAAUAUAGACUGUCAUCAGUAAGACAGCCAAUAUAGACUGUCAUCAGUUAGACAGCCAAUAUAGACUGUCAUCAGUUAGACAGCCAAUAUAGAUUACAGUAGCAGAAGGCUACAACCUUCUCUGACUGUUGUAACUAAGGAUAUUGCAGUAGCAGAAGGCUACAACCUUCUCUGACUGUUGUAACUAAGGAUAUUACAGUCGCAGAAGGAUACAACCUUCUCUGGCUGUUGUAACUAAGGAUAUUUCAGUAGCAGAAGGCUACAACCUCCUCUGGCUGUUGUAACUAAGGAUAUUACAGUAGCAGAAGGAUACAAUCUUCUCUGUCGUAACUAAGGAUAUUACAGUAGCAGAAAGAUACAACCUCCUCUGUCUGUAAGGAUAUUGCAGUAUUGUAUUGGGGCAAAAUAAUCUGCAUUUUAACCACACGUUUACAUUUGUGAUGAUGUAAUCUUUAUAGUUAUGCUGCCACAUCUUAGCCUGACAUGCUGAAAAAGAACACUACUAUUUUGACUGCUUGUAAUGAUGCUGAUAACAGAACAUUAAAUGACUAUUUAGACUGCC